CCGUAUUUUGGAUCAAUUCGUGCAUGUGUUCGACAGCAACGGUAAUGUCCUGGUCGAGAAAUUGUUAUCUACGAAUGGCAAGUCAAUCAACAUCCACGACUUCCUCACCCUAUGCACGCUUGACAUCAUUUCUGUGAAACUGCCAUGGGAACUAAAGUGAACGCGCAACAGGACUCCAAGUCUCCAUACGUCUCUGCCGUCAGCGAUGCACUCCUUUCAGUCCACAUGCGAUCCGUGCAACCGUGGCUUGACAACGACUGGAUGUAUAACCGGACAAAGGGAGGCAAGACCUUAAACGCCGCUCUUAAAGUUCUGCACGAAUAUUCUCGAGAGGUCAUCGAAAGCAGACGCCAGGAACGUCAAGAGCGACGCAAAGGCAGUGUGUCCAUCUCGGACAAAGACUUGGGCCUUAAGCGGAGGGAGGCCUUCCUAGACCUUCUCCUGGAGGCCAGUGACUCAGCGGGCGCCGCCCUGAGCGACUCCGACGAGGAGGUGGACACCUUCAUGUUCGGGGGGCACGACACCACGGCGGCGGCCAUGUCCUUUAUCUUCUACAACCUUGCCGCCAAUCCGGAAGUCCAAGCCCGCCUGGCCGAGGAGGUGGCCGAGGUCUUCGGUGCCUCCGAUGGCGCAGUGACAUCGCAGGACCUCGCCCAGUUGAAGUACACCGAAAGGGUCAUCAAGGAGAGCCUGCGCCUCUACCCCAGCGUGCCUCUGUUUGCUCGCAGGAUAGAUGAGGAGCUUCCAAUCACAGGUGGUUAUGUGAUUCCCGCUGGCACCGGUGCCUUGAUUGCCUGCUACCAAAUGAAUCGCAACCCAGCGUUUUUUCCGGAUCCAGAAAAGUUUGAUCCGGACCGAUUCCUUCCUGAGAACUGCACCGGUAGACAUCCGUAUGCCUACGUGCCCUUUUCAGCAGGACCCAGAAACUGCAUUGGACAAAAGUUUGGAAUGCUUCAGAUGAAAUCGACGGUGGCGAAGGUGGUGCGGCACUGCGUCCUGAGCCUUCCCCGUCCCGGCUACAAACCGGUGGUGACGGGCCGGGUCAUCCUCAGGGCCGAAGAUGGCGUACAGCUCAAAGUGUCACCAAGAAAAAUGGCCAUCUCACCAUGUUAACCAUUAAAAUUAAUACACGUAUUCAGACCCUUUCCGA